UUGAAUGGAGGAAUAGUUUUAUUGCAUUACAGUACUCCAUGUUUGAAUUGUCUGUUACCAUUAAAAUACUUUAGACAUUAUAAUUAUCUUGUAUCUGCAGUAUGCAUUUUAUUACAAUCAUCUACAUUAAAAUCCGAAAUUGAUAUUGCGAACUGCUAUUUGGCAAAUUUUGUUUUUGAAUAUGAUUUGCUGUAUGGGGAAGUAAAUAUGAAUUUCAAUGUAUAUUUACUUCUUCACCUAAGUAAAUGCGUAAGUAUUUGGGGAUCUUUAUGGUUAUAUUCUGCAUUUCCCUUUGAAUCUGGGAAUGGGCAUUUAGUUAAAUUAAUCAAAGGCACAAAAGGAAUUUUGAAACGGAUUGCUCAUAAAUAUUACAUAUAUUUAAAUAUUCCUGCAAUCGUAAAUAAAUAUCAAAAUGUAAAUAUUGAAGUAUUAGAAUAUUGUGAUGUAGUAUGCCAUAUAAGCUUUUACAAAAAUCAGAAGUCUGAGGAGAUAGUACAAUACUUGGUAAAUCACAAUCCUUCAGACUUACUAUAGAAGAGAAACAAAUAUUGUGUGAGAAUAAUAUAAAUAUUUUGGAUAAAUUAUUUAGUGUGAAAAAAUUAUAAUUAAUGAAAUUAUAUAUCAUGUUAAAGAAAAUCACAACAAGAAAUGUGACGAUUUUGUUGUCCAGCUUUAUAAUGGUUCGUAUGUUAUUAUACAGUCAUUUUUUUAAUAUUAAUGAGAAAAAUAAUUUAUUUGCAAUAUACAGAAAAAUACUAAUCGAUAAUAAACAACAUUUGACUUCAGCUGCAAGAUGUAAUCCAAUAAUUAACCACAUUAAAACUUGUAAAACAUAUAUUUAUGGUAAUCUCAAAAUUAUUUCAGUAAAUUCAUUUACAGUGCCUCCCAAAAGUGUUCGUACACUUAUGAUU